UGACGGCUCUACACCUGUAGGCGGCAGCAAUGCACUGAACCGGGACGAGUCUGCCGGAAAGAAGAAGAAGAAGAAGCAGCAGCAGCAGGAGUAAAAGAAGAAGAAGAAGAAGACACCGGCGCGUCUUCAGAGUCUCUGACAUGAGCAGCUCUGCUCAGAGGAAGAGGAGGAUCACAGAAAGUCCUCUGGUUUCCAGACCCAGAACCAAGACCAGCAGAGGGGCUAACACUAGGAGGUCCGCUAACGCUAACAGAGCAGCAAACAGGACCGCUAACGCUAGCAGGACGUCUGAUGGUGACCCUGCCCCCCCCGCAGAGACCAUCGCCGUGAUGGACAACACUGUGGACAGUGUAGAGGAGGUGGUGGAUCUGACCUGUGAGGGAUCAGAAGCUGCUGUGGUUGAUCUGACAAACAACGACUCCGUUCUGCUGGUGGACGAAGGUCCUCAGAACGAGAGAGUCCCCACAGGGGAGAGUUACGUCGUCAGUAGUGAUGAAGACGAAGACACGCCUCCUGUCCUCAACGCUGCAAUUAUGUCCUCUGUACAGACCAACAGCUCCUCCAGGUCGACUCCGGUGACGAUCAGCUGUCCCGUCUGUCUGGACUCUUACUCUGAGAUCGUGGAGAGCGGCCGAUUGGUUGUUUCCACUAUAUGUGGUCACGUGUUCUGCAGUCAGUGUCUGAGAGACGCUCUGAAAUCCUCACACACCUGUCCGACCUGCAGGAAGAGACUGACCCACCGCCAGUACCACCCGCUGUACAUCUGACAUCACUCUGACAUCAUCACACACCUGUGGUACUUUUGGAUGUUAUACUUUCGGUGACAUCAUCAGUGACAUCAUCAGUGACAUCACCAGUGACAUCGUCAGAUCAGAUGCUUUUUUCUGCUGUUUUUUUGUAUCAGAAACAAAAAACUUGAGCUGCGUUUGAAGUAAAGAGCGAUUACAAUUGAUUGAUGAUAUUGUAUAAUUGAUAUAUUGAAUAUAUUUGAUAUUCUACGUUUAUUCUUCAGUUGUUUUUAUUUUCUGUGAAAGAUAAAAUGUGUUAAAGUAGAAAUAAACUCUAUUAAAUUCUGUGAGUUUGUUGUAUUCAGAUGUUGUCUGUCUGUCUGUCUGUCUGUCUGUCUGUCUGUCUGUCUGUCUGUCCGGCUGUCUCCUGAUCAGAGAGCUGAUUGGCUCUUAGUUUUGACAACAAACACCACGUUUUGUAGAAAAUUCUUAUUUUCUGUGUAAAUGUAAGAUUUGACGCUAGAUUGUUGGCUAAUGGACUCACGUUGUGGAUGAUGUGGCUGAUGAUAAUAAUAAUUAUUAUUAUUAUCAUAAUAAA